AUGGUAGGAUCAAGCUCAGCUGGAGGAGACUUAAGAACUCCACAGUUCAAUGGCACGAAUUAUGAUUUUUGGGCUGUAAAAAUGAAAACUGUCCUCAUAGCACUCGAUCUAUGGGAAGUAGUUGAAGAUGGAAUAAAUUCUCAUCAAGCACCUGAGAUUGCAGGAGGAUCAGGCGAUGAAGAGAGUGAGGCUGAUCAAAUUAUAUUGCAUGCAUCCACGACAUCCAGAGAAGAAAAAAUCAAGAAUGCAAAGGCUUUAAGCCUCAUACAAGGAGCAUUAACAGAUGAUCUAUUCCCACGUAUAAGAAAUGAGAAAACUGCAAAAGAAGCAUGGGACAUCUUGAGCAGAGAAUUCAGAGGAGAUAAAAAGGUUAGAGCUGUGAAACUUCAAGGAGUAAGAGCAGACUUUGAAUAUUUGAGAAUGACAGAAAGUGAAAGCUUAGAUGGUUAUCUAGCUAAAUUCUUUGCAACUAUAAACAACCUAAAAUCAUUAGGUGAAGAUGUAUCAGAAAACAGAAUUGUGCAGAAAUUGUUAAUGAGUUUAAGCAGAAGAUAUAAAUCCAUUGUGUCUAUAAUUGAAGAGACACGUGAUCUUGAAGUUCUAAGAGCAGAAGAAGUCAUUGCUUCUGUUAAAGUAUAUGAUAAGAGGGAGGAUCUGCAUGAUGAAAGGGAUAAGCUAAGAGGAACAGAAAAAGCCUUUAGCAGUUUUAAAAUUGGAAACAAUCAAGCUUACAAUUCUCACAAGAGUUUCCAAGGCAGACCUACACAAAAAUGGCAACCACAAGACAGGAGGGGAUCAAACUGGAAUCCAAACAGAACUCUGAAUUACAGCAACUCAAACUGGAAUAACACUAGUGGUGGGAGCAGUCAAGCAGGAGAAAAACCACAGUGUCAAGUUUGUCAAAAACAUCAUUUUGGAUUGUGCAGGCACAAAGGAAAACCAAGAUGUGGAAGAUGCAAUCGGUUUGGCCAUAUUACAAAAGAUUGUGAAAGUCAGAAUCACAAACAACUUGCAAAUUAUGCUAAAGAAGAAGGAGUCAUCACUGGAACCAUGUUCUAUGCUUGUCAUGCUGCAAGUUUGCAAGACAAAAAGAUAUGGUUUGUGGAUAGUGCCUGCAGCAAUCACAUGACUUCUCAAGAAUCUGAAUUAAUCAACAUUGAUAGAUCAGUAACAUGCAAAGUGAAGAUGGGCUCAGGAGACCUUGUACAAGCUACUGGAAAAGGUACAUUGGUUGUGGAAACUCAGCAUGGGAAGAGAUACAUAAAAGAAGUGUUGCUUGUUCCCGGAUUGGAUGAAAACUUACUAAGUGUAGGGCAGAUGAUGGAGCAUGGCUAUUACAUUCUGUUUGGAGGUAACAAGGCAGUAAUAUUUGAUGAUGAAAGCCUCAACAAUGUUAUAGCAAUAGUAAUCAUGGGAGGAAAUCGAUGCUUUCCACUUUCACUUGAAAGUAUUACACCUGCAGCAAGGAAAGCUUCAGUGACUGAGGAUUCCUGGAUAUGGCAUAGGAGACUUGGACACUUGAACUUUGCCAGCAUGAAGAAGAUGCAGCAGAAAUAG